GUACGAUUUCAAAUUCCAAAUACAGUACAUUCGGUUGUGCCUGUGUCUUCUUAAUUCAAUUGCGUUAUUUCUGGGACUCUUAGUUAGUGCUAUAAUUCCAAUAAGUAGAAACAUUAUACCGGCGUCGUGAUGGAACCUGCAAUGGAAAAGUUGGACAUUCAUUCAACUUCGGAAGCAUUUGAGGAUUAUUUGGAAAGGUUUGAAAUCUGGAGCAUGACUAAGAAAGAUGUCAAAGGUGAUAAAAUUGUGGCACAUUUCCUGACAUUCAUUGGGAGAGAAGCGCACAGCUUAUUAAAAACUUUGGCAUAUCCAGAAAAACCUAUCUCACUUCCUUAUGAAACUCUGAAAGAGCUAUUAUUAAAUCAUGUAAAAUGCACCAGUUUCGAAUGCCGUGAAAGAGCGAAAUUUCAUAAGAUGGUUCGUCAAAAUGAUCAAAAAGUUCGGGAAUUCAUUUUUGAAUUGCAGAAACAAGCUGCCAAGUGUAAUUUCGGUGAUCAACUUCAUGUACAACUAAGAGAUCGAUUAAUUGCAGGAAUCAACAUACCGAGUUUGGAAAGAGAGCUGUUAAGAAUGCCAAACUGUUCCUUUCAAGAUGCUAGAACUGCGUGUAUUAACUAUGAAGCGGUAAAUGAACUUGAUAUCCAGUCAAUGAAGAUUUCUAAUACUUUGCUUAGUUGUCCUGAUGAACUACAAUCUCAGGGUCAAUCGAACUUGCGUUCAUUUAACGGUGAAUCCUAUUCUCGUGUAAAUAUGGAAGGUGUUUCAACAAGGAAUUACAAAACAAAUCACAAAGGUGAGAUGAAGUUUGGUAAAUGUUUAUCAUGUGGAAAGUUUCAUCCUCGUAAUUCAUGUGCAUUUCGUAAUGCUAAAUGUUUUAAAUGUGGUAAGAUAGGACACAUUCAGUCAGUAUGCAAAGCUACUGUCCACUUUGCUUCAAGUAGUACUAAAUCUUGUCAUUUAAAUCUCAAUAAUUCGGAUGUUUCUAGCUAUCAUUUAUCUUUGUCUACUAUUUCGAAAGGUAAUGCUCAUAUUGAAAAGCGACUAUAUACAUCGCUUAGUUCAUUUCGUGACUUUAUUGUGGACACAGGCAGUAUAGAGUCCAUUAUUUCAUUCAAAGACUUGAAAUUCUUAGAUCCUAACGUUGUAGUACGACCCACUGAAGUAUCAAUAUUGGGGAUUACUGGACACAGACUGCCCAUACGAGGAUGCUGUGAAUUGCUAAUGAGAGAUGAUAAUUCUUCAUACAUACCUUGUGAAUUUUUAGUUAGCGAAACAGGACUGUCAAUAUUAGGUUUAGAGAGUUUGUAAAGGCUUAAAGUGGAGUUGUCCUUCUUAGUUUCUAAGGAGAAUCCUGAUACUUUACUUAAAGAUUUGAUAGCUAGGUGUGCUAAGUGCAGUGGAGGUAUGAAAAUUCAGCCUAUAAAACUUCAAGUACAGGGUGAUCCAGUUUUUCUUAAAAGACGAAUAAUUCCUUAUGGUCUUCGAGAAGCAGUACAUAAGACAUUAAACGAUUUGUGUGCGAAAGGCAUAAUUGAACCAAUUCAGUCUUCAGCAUGGGGUACUCCUAUCGUUACGCCACUGAAGUCGGACGGCAAGACCCCUAGAAUUUGUGGUGACUAUAGAUUAACUCUGAAUUCCCGUUUGUUGAAGCAAACGUGCACGACGGUGGAGGCUGAAGACAUUCUAAAUCGACUUCAUGGUUCUAAAGUGUUCUCGAAAGUUGACCUAAAAGAUGCUUAUCUUCAAAUUCCUUUAGAUCAGUCUUCAUCUAUUUUGACGACAAUUAACACUCCGUUUGGUCUGUUCAAAUACAAUUUUCUUCCAUUUGGUCUAAGUUGUUCUCCAGCCAUAUUUCAGGAAGUUAUGAAUAAAGUAGUUAGUGAUCUUGAAGGUGUUGAAGUUUAUCAAGAUGAUCUCAUUGUUCAUGGUUUUAAUAAGGUAGUUCAUGACCAGAGACUUAUUGCUUUAUUGCGUCGUUUAAUUUAGAAGAAUAUUACAGUGAAUCCAAAUAAGUGUUCGUUUUGUGUAUCUAGUUUUGAAUGCCUUGUAUACCUAGUUGAUGGUAAUGGUUUUAGACCAGAUAUGAAACGACUAGCUCCGCUGACAAAUGCCCCGUCUCCAAAAAAUCUUACGGAAUUACGUUCACUAGUGGGUGCUCUUCAAUACUAUUCCCGUUUUAUUCCUAAUUUUUCUUGUCGUGCAAAUUGUUUAUUUAAUAUUUUGACAUCCAAUUCAUUCAAAUGGAGUGAGGAACAAGAGUCAUGCUUACGUAAUCUACUAAAGUUUCUUCAAAGUGAUGCUGUUCUUCGAACGUACUCCCCUAGUGUACAUUCUGUGCUUAUUACUGAUGCAUCACCUGUGGGAAUUGGUGCAGUUUUGGAACAGGAAGGUAGACCAGUUAUUUGUGUUUCACGCAAACUCACUGUUACUGAACAAGGUUAUUCACAGACUCAGCGAGAAGCAUUAGCUGUGUUUUGGGCUGUUAAAAGACUUCAUAAAUAUUUAUUCGGAAAGAAAUUCACUAUUGUUACUGAUCAUGAAGCUUUAAAGUUUAUUUAUCAUCCUGGAAAAUCCUUAGCACGUUCCUCAGCUGCUAUGGUUCAACGAUGGAGUAUUGCUUUGAGUGCAUAUGACUAUAUGGUUCAGCACAGAAGUGCCAAACAAAUUCAACAUGUUGACUACAUUUCUCGACAGUCAUUACAAGAUCGACCUAUUAAUACCUCGGACUGUUUGUUAGUGCAACUUUUACCAGUGAGACGUUCAGAUCUCAUUAGAGAAACUCGCAGAUAUUUUGGAUGUAUGCUCAGUGCUAUACGAAAAGGCUGGACUGCUAAUUUGAAACGUAGAUUUCCUAUCUAUUUUUCAAAGAGGGAUGAGCUAUCUACUACUCCUGAUGGUAUUCUGUGUUUAAAUGAUCGUGUUGUCAUUCCUCCUUCAUUGCGUAAAUCUGUUCUUGAAGAUCUUCAUAGUGGUCAUUUAGGUGUUGAAAAAAUGAAGUCCUUGGCAAGGCUCACAUGUUGGUGGCCAGAGAUAAAUGCAGAUAUAUGUCGUACAGCAAACAAUUGUGAGAAAUGUCAUCAGUUGAAAAGUCAUCCUUCGAAGUGGACGCCAUGGCCAGUAUCGUCUGAGGCCUGGCAGAGAAUUCAUGCUGACUAUUGUGGUCCGUUUCUUGGUAAAUACUAUGCACUAGUAGUUAUUGAUUCUUUUUCAAAAUGGCCUGAAGUUUUUUUUACAACUUCACCUAAUUCUGACUUCACAAUCCAAGCAUUAAGAAAGGUGUUUAGUCGAGAAGGGGUUCCUAUGGUGUUAGUGACUGACAAUGGUUCUCACUUUGCUGCAGAUGCGGUCACUAACUGGUUGAACGGUAUAGGGUGCAAACAUCUGUUUACUGCUCCCAGACAUCCGUGUUCUAAUGGUCAGGCAGAGAAUUUUGUCAGGACAUUAAAGACUGCUAUUGAUUCUAUAGCCAUCUCAACAUUUAAUGAGCUGGAGAGGGGAGUAGAUACCUUUCUAUUGCAAUAUAGAAAUGCCAGACAUUCGGUGACGAAGGAGACUCCAGCGAAGCUAAUGAAAGGAAGAAUUCUUCGGUCGAAUAUGAGAUGUUUGGAGUCUGCAGAAGUUACAUACUAUCGGGGAAAUGAUCUUCGACCAUCUACGGGUAUUGUUCCGAAGAAUGUCGAAAAAUCGAUGGUGCGAAUUCUAGACAUCAAUGACUUAAGUACACACAGUCGACAUGUUGAUCAAAUACAGUUUCAGGAACCAGGUAAGUCUGUUCCAAUUUCCGUUGUUAAUUCUAAUGCUAAUGAGCAAAUUCUAGAUAAUACAGAAUCCUUUUCGAAUAUAAUGGCAGACAGACCCAGGAUGAAUUUGAGAAGAAGACGUACGAUUGAUUACAAACACCUAGACUCCAAUUUAAGCUGUGGCGGAUGUGGUGUUCGAACGAACUAAUGAUACUAUUGUACUGAUUGAUUGUACGAUUUCAAAUUCCAAAUACAGUACAUUCGGUUGUG